AUGGUGAAGUACGGGGACGGUGCCGUCGUCACAGCGAUAUUCUUGCCAUCAGACUUUUCUACGGUGCAGAUAGCUGGCCUCCCGCGAGAUAGCACCGCAGACUCUGUCCGUGCUCAACUUCGGUCCUACGAUCUCGAAACCUCGAACUUGAGGGAUAUUGUAAUAUUCCGUGAGGAACACUCCCCAUCUGCCGUCAUCAGGGUCAAAGAUCCAGAAUUUGCCAAAUUGCAUAAGACUUUCAAGACCGUAUGGCUCAACUUCGGAACCUACGAGAUCGCCAACAGGGUUGGUGAGGUAUUCAAGGGAGACACUUACAAGAUCAAUGAUCAGGUCGUCAAAUGUGCGCCUCCGCCGCCAUGGGAUGCAAUGUUUCGCAGGCAGAAGGUAUGGACUGUCCGGUUGACCGAUGUCCCGGCAGAAGCUACGGAGGCGGAUGUCAUCAACUCCAUUCAGUCACGACGAGAUAGACCGCGCAACAUCGAAAUCGGGGAGCCCUCAUACAGCACUGACACUGCUACAUCUUGCGCAAAGAUCCAGUCACUCCUCACUGAGAUAGGUGCACUUGAAUGGUGGGAAAUGACCCCUGACAGUGCUGGAAAACGGAUGAAGGCGAAGGCCCGAUUCCAAUACGAGGAUGAUGCAAGGACAGCGGCCCAGAAAUUAAACAACACAGCGCUGCCCUUCCACAAAGCAGCUCGACUUACGGUGCAACUGGUUUACGCCGCUAAGUUCAGGGUCUCAGCUCUCAUUUCUGAGGCUAUCCAGUCCCAGCUCAGAGCCAACAUCAAGGGCUGGAAAGCUCAGCACCUUCGCUUCGUGGCAUACGAGAAUUCGAAUCCGCCUAAAUGGUAUCGCGUGUUUAAGGUCGAAAGCGAAGUGGCCAAGGACGUGGUCGAGGCCAAGAACACCAUCAGCAAUAUCCUCGCUGGCGUGAUCGCACAAGUGGGCUCCUCCACUUUGUGGCAACCUUCGCGUCGCAGCCAUGGCGCCCUUUCAGAAAGGCUAUCACAGGCAGGAGCGCAAAAGAAUGUGGUUGUUUUGCGAGAGAAGGCGAAGUCGCAGCUUCGGCUGUAG